UGCGAAGUCUCCGAGCGGGAGAGUCACGUCCGACGAGCGUCCGUUACGCACCGGCUUUCUUCGACUUUCGACAGGCAGGAGACACCCCCGAUUCUUGAAUUCCCUGUCUUGAUCGCGACUUCCGUCGCGUCGCGAGAUGACAUCGUGAUCACAUACACAUCUACGUGCGCGCGUACGAAAUCGGUCACAUUUGCCCGUCUUCAUCGGUUUUUUUUUCUGAACGCGUUCGAUUGACGAGAGUUGGCGUGAGACUGUCAUCAGUUUUAGGUUUGUCGUCCCUCGAGAAGACAAGAGUGAAGUUGCCAAUCGCACUUACCGAUCCCGCGCGAUCAUGGGGGCGUUGCUGCUCGGUUGGUGGAUCGCGCUCGUCGCGGCGAUCGCUAUCGCGGAGCCCAACGACCUGAUGAAGUCGCGGCUGACGAUCCUGAAGUGCUGCCGAUACGGCGAGGAGCUACGACGGAUGGACGGCGACGCGAGCGGUUUACCGCGCUGCGAGCCCACAUCGAGCGAGUGGAAACUGCUCGUCUACUCGCCGACGCAGAGGAGCUUCCACACAAAACUGCCCGCCGACUGGCACAUCCUCGACGGUCGUCGGCCGGAAUGCGACGACCGAUCGGAGCUGAUACAUUUGCCCUACCGGAAGGCCAACCCCCUCGUUCUGCUCGACAACGGGAACGCGAUCCUCGAGAUCGGCAGGAAUGACAGUUUUCCCGUGAGCCACUACUGUGCCGACUCGAACGCGUUGCUCGUGUGCGUGCAGAGGAAAUCGGCGGGCAAUCACGCCGCUGCGACCAUGAGACCACGAGUGCGACGGUGCUGCGGUGAAAACGCCACUUUCCACGAACACGGGAACACUUGCGUGCACCUGAAGGAGAGCGCGGACGCACCGCCACUGCUGCCAAACGCGUCGUCCAUCGUCGAGAUCGUGGCGGGUUUCCCGACCUGCCCGAAAUCAGACAACUUUACGAUACUGGGAGAUGCGAAGGAUGCCGUGCUGCAGCCCGACGGCGGCCUGGAGAUAAACGGAGUUGUUUUGCCCAGCGGCCAGUUCUGCGUGGAGAGGAUCAAGGAACUCAAUCAGGUGGCCAAGGUGUUCGCCUGCCCGGAGCACGCACCGCAAAGACCUAUAGUGCAAGCGAAGGACAUCAGGUUCACCUUGUACCCCGCGGGCUUUAUCAUUAGCGCCGUCUUCCUGGCUGCCACCCUUGCUACCGGUUGGCUGCUACCGGCCUCUCAUCAUGUGCUACACUGGCGUUGCCAGACUCAUCAUGUCGCCUGCCUGAUGCUAGGCGAUAUUCUCAUGGCCAUCAUUCAGCUCGCCGGGGACUCCCUGCACGGGAUAAGCUGCAAGGCGGUCGCGAUCAUGGCGCACUUUUUCUUCCUGGCUGCCUUCUUUUGGCUGAAUACGAUGUGCUUCAACAUCUGGUGGACAUUCAGAGAUCUACGACCGGUGAGCCUAGAAAAAGGUCAAGAGACCCUCAGGCUCAGGAUAUACGCUUGCUACGCAUGGGGUGGACCUCUUCUGAUCGCCGGAUUGGCGGCCCUCGUGGACCAUUUUCCACCUGAUCCGGAGUAUUCGUUCUUGAGGCCUCGCUUCGGCGAGAAACAGUGCUGGUUCUACGGCAACAUGGAAAUCCUGGCGUACUUCUUUGGACCAGUCGGAGGGCUUUUGGCUAUAAAUCUUCUGUUUUUCGCCAUAACUGCUCGUGAGCUGACAUGCGGUCUCUGGAAAGGCGAAUUCGUGAAAAGCACUACCGAGAGGGCGACGCUGGGCCGCAUAUGCAUGAAGCUCGUGAUCGUGAUGGGCAUCACCUGGGUGGCUGACGUGGUAUCUUGGGCAGUCGGCGGUCCCCAGUACAUCUGGUACUUCACCGACCUGUUAAACGCCUGCCAGGGAGUUCUGAUCUUCAUGGCGGUCGGCUGCCAGCCGCAGGUCCGAGCGGCACUCAAGAGAUUCUUCAGCAGGAACCCGCAGACCAACGCGGGCCGCCAGGGUAACGGGCACAGUACGACCAGUCACGGGAUGCCCAGCAUGGGUGACAGCGUCACGCAGAACCCGAGCACCAAGACCGCGCCAUUGGAGACCAUCUGCUAGGUAUCGCGUGAAGGCAGGUCGACUCUUCGGAAGAGUUCCUCUGGGGAGUCUUGGUCCCACGUGGUCGUCGGUGUCAAGGUUGUCAGACAUACGCGAUCACUACCAUGACUCACCACCGCGCGAGUUGAUGGCAUCCUAGAACGAAUAAGCGCGACGAACAAACAAUCCAGAUGCCGGUUCGGGAACUCCCUUCGCUGGAGAGCUUUAGUUUGACCUGGAAAGUGUCGAUUCGCGAUUCGCGCACGAGGCGGAAGUUCACCGGCGAGAUUGCACGGCGAUGAGCGAAAGGGCCAUAACGGGCCCGCGAACGCGUUUCCGCCCUCGAGAGAGCCCGCUCGCCGAGCGUUGUGGAAUCGACGAGUUUCCCGAAAUGUCGUAAACGUCGAACAUCACUUCCGCUUCCGCGAGAGAACGAGUCGUUGUUUUUUUUCUUUUUUGUUUGAAAAUCACACCCAAUUGACCCGACAAAUCACACGAUGCAACUCUGCGAGUUGACGGUAAAGUGAAGAGUCGCGACCAUUUGAAAAAUAUUUUUACGCUACUGAUAAAGCAAAAGACUUGACUGUGAGGCAUAGAAAAAAAUGUGAGAAGUUCCCUGAAAAUUCGGCAAACACGUGAGCGGCUGUUAAACAUCCCUCGCGAUUAAUUCGCGACUUUUCUCGGAUGGAAUUGUAGAGAAAUGAGCGAUUCGCGGGUUUACCACUCAGAGACCACUCGGUGAAAGCUUCCCGGUGUUGUUUGAUCGUUUGAUCAUCUACGCACCCGUGAGAUUGAACAUAUUGCGCUCACGGCGAUGCGUUUUGUCUUAGUCAUUGAAUCCGAAAACUGGAUAUACUCGCCAACGACGAAGAUAGAUCGCGAAAUUUUGCUCGGCGAAAGAACGGCGAACGCUAAUUGUCUAUUCCUGUUUCGGCCGUGCCGGAACCCCGCGCGAUCCAUCUUGUCUGACACGAGCAAUUACUCACUGUACGCAAUUAGCAAGCGGCCACUCUUUCGAUACGAUAUCGUCGAUCUCGCGAUAGAGCACUUCCGAAUGAACGAACGGAGUGCACAUAACAUUGAAAACUGACAAAAGCGAGGAGAGCUCGGAUACUUUGGAUCAUGUCUUUGUCAUUUUUCGAUUAUAAUGCUCCAGUUUAAGCCACUUUCCACCCUAGAAGUAUCCAGCCAGUAAAAUGUUGCACGGAAGAUGUCUGUGUAUGUUCAACGUAUUUAUCACGAGCACGAUGUGAGAAGAAGCGCAGAACAUUUCGGAAUGAUAAAUGUUGACUCAGACUACACACGAUGUCCAAAAAGUAUCGUCUAGACGAUGUUCCAAUCUUCCAGACACUCUCUACAAACGUUCGUUGAGCUUUUGUAUCGUUUGAGCAACUAUCCGUAAAUAUUCAUGACGGACGCACGUCAGGUAUUUUACUGAGUGGCUGAGUACAGUCUGAAAAUGUUCUUUAAUUAUUUCUUAUUAAAACAAAAAAGACAAAAAAUGGGAAAACUAUUUAAAAA